AUGGAGACCAAUUUGAAAGAAAGACGGUUUGAGAAGGAGUUGGCUGUGGCACCGAUGUUGAAGGUGACUACGCCGUGCUUCAGGCGGUUUCUGGGCAUCAUUUCGCCCACAGUCGCACUCUACACGGAGAUGAUUGUUGCAAAUACGGUCGUAAAUGUCACAGACCACAAAUUGCGAUUUCUGCUUGGGGAUCCAACUGAAACGACUGUCGUCCAAAUAGGCGGAUCGGAUCCACCGAUGAUUGCAACUGCCGUUGAGAGGCUGAUUGGAAUGGGAUACGACAAAUUCAACCUGAAUUGCGGCUGUCCAUCAGAUCGUGUCCAAAAAGGGAUGUUUGGUGCCAUUUUGAUGAAGCACAAGGAGCUCGUUUCCGAGAUCAUCAACUGUGUCUACGACAGGUGUGGUGUGAUUAUGACAGUAAAGUGUCGAAUUGGAGUCGAUGAGUUCGAUUCGUACGACUUCUUCAGCGAGUUCAUCAGUCACAUUGCUGAUACCACAAAAUGCAGGGUGUUUUACGUACAUGCCAGAAAGUGCUGGCUCCGGGGAUUGAACCCCAGACAGAACAGAAAUAUACCGCCAUUGCACUACGAAUUUGUUCAUAAAAUCAAGGAAGAUCGUCCCAACCUGUUUAUUGGGCUGAAUGGUGGAAUCAAAGCCAGAAACAUCGAUUCAGUAGGCGAUUUAGACGGGGCAAUGAUAGGCAGAGAGGCCUGGAACAACAUAGAAGUAUUCAACGAGAUCAGAGGAGAGGCAGUUGAUAUGAAAGAGGCCGUUAGGGAGUACUUGGAGUGGUGCAGCACCACAGAGUAUUCGAUAUCACGAGUGGUACAGCCACUGAUCAAUAUCAGAAAGGGAAUGGGAAAUAGCAAGGCGUACAAGAAGGCACUGAAUGACGCAGUCCAGAACAAGACGAAGGACUUCCUUGAUUUCUACCAGAAUAUCGAACACUUCUACCACAGUAAUUCAGGUGAUUUAUUGAUCAGUCCAUCAUGA